UUUUCUUUCUUUACUUUUUUUUAUAUAUAGAUAUAUAUAGAUAUAUAUAUAUAAAUAUAUAAAUAAAUUAUUGAUGGCUCACUCUACAAGCGAGUUCUAUGAUAAAAAAAGUUGGAAAGAUUCAUUUGAUUCUUGUUCAACAGACGAAGGAUAUCAUACAGACGAAAAACCAAUAGAAAACAAUAAUGAAAUUCCUAUCCUAAAAAGCAACCGUACCAUGUAGGUGAAGCAUGAGUUCUCUCUCUCUCUCUCUCUCUUUCUCUCUUGUCUUCUAAAGUCUUCUUGUUAGUCAAAUUGGUUAUUCUCCAAGCACAUAUACCCUUACAUUCUUUGCUAUUUUUCUAUCAGCUUAUAUUGUUUACUCACAACCAUUUCCAUGGGGACACACAUUUCCACCUGUGUUUGUCUUGUUUCAUUUAUUAUUUCAUGUAGCACACUUAUCAGCACACAUCUUUGGCUGGUUACAAAUGGAACGCCAUUGUGUAGUCUAUGGAACAUGGCUCUAUUGUACAGGCUGGUUAUUAUCGAGUCUCUUGUUCUCUGAGAGACUGGUAGUGACUCAUUUGACUUUUAUGCCUACUAUCUUGUUUUGGUUAUUAAUGUUGGAGAGAAGACAUGCAUGGGGUAUUCUUGUCUGGGAAUUUGUGAGUCGAUUGGAUAGUACAGAUCAAGUUAAACUAUGGGAAUUUGGCAGUAUUCGUCUCUUUGUAUUUCGCGUAUGGUGUCUAUUAGGCACAGGUAGUUUCUGGGGACUGGUCUAUAUAGGUCUGGCUAAAUGGGAUGGCUAUGCAUUCAAAUAUUUACUUCAAAUCCAUCAUAUUUUAAAACUGUUGCUGGUCAGCACAAUGGGUGGGUGUUUAAUGAUCAUUUUUUGGAGUUUCUGGACAUUUCAAUACAAAGGUGUCUUGUGGCAAAAAGAACUUCGAAAAGGUAUUAUUGUUUGGUAUAGUGAAGGCAUUGCUCAUGCUGCACAAAUGAUUUAAAAUAAUAAUAAUAAUAAUAAAAAUGACUCAUUUUUUUUUAUUUUCUUCUUUUAUUUUAUUCAUCAUGAGUUUUCUUAAUUUCAGUUUGGGUGGAAAAAAGAAUAAGAUUUCAAAGAUCAAGAACAAUGUUACUCCCAUGUACUUAGAUUCAAAACCACUCUUUUUAACGCCACCUUAUGUGACGCACAUGUUAGUCAAGGGCAACUUCAAGACACUUACACAACUACCCAAGUAUGUAGAUAUCAAUGAAUGGCUUGCAUUCAACAGUAAGUGAAUAAAGCAAAGAAAAAACUUAUCAAAAG